UGCAUUUGCUAAUUCCUAAACCCCGUCGUCUUCUCAGUCUGAUUUCCACCGCCGGUAUACUGAAAUCAGCAUUGGCACUUGGAUUUGCUAGCAGCUAUGGCGUUGAGGAUUAUGAGGGCGCUCGAGGGUCAGAUGGGUUCAAUGCUAGGGCUUAAAGCGAUGGCUUACGGUUUACCCCAUUCUUCGCCGAUAUCUGGGGUCAUGGGCCCUAAGGAUUCCCCGCCCCCGCUUGUUCUUCCUGAGUUCAACCAGGAAUAUGAUGAUGAUAAAACCAACAACUGCAGUAUUGUGGGAUUUGGUUUCCCUAGCUUAUCUUUUUCCGGGUCUAUGGAGCUUAUGGCUGUUCCUAAGAAGAAGGUUUCUCCACAUAAAAGGCGCAUAAGAAAUGCUCCAAAGGCUCUAAAACCUAUUCCAGUUAUAGUUCGAUGCAAGGCUUGUGGUAAAGUGAAGCUGCCUCACUACUAUUGUUGCAGUGGAAGACCGGGGGAUCAGGACAAUUCAGCCACAUGAGACUAUGGAGAGUAAAAAGUGCAGGCUGAAAGCAAUGUCUUCAGUUAUAGAAUCGUCCCCAUACCUGGGAGCUAUAGUUUCCUUUUGAGAAUUCUUCUUUAUUAGAUUCUUGAAGUUUUGGUUCUUCUGCUCAUUGUAUGACAGAUUGUUCGAUUUCAACAUGUUAUAACCAUUAACUUGCUGUUGAGCCAUAUCCUUGCUUUGUGCUAUCCGGUAAACUUCAAUUCUUCCAGGUCUGAAAUGAAAUGCGGACUCUUUUAGCA